GUCCGAGAUUGUGUUGUUGACCUCUCCGAUUUCAACUUUUCAAGUCUCGAUUCAAAGAAAGCGCCAACAACAACCACUCACUCACUCAAUCACUCAGCCACUCAGCCAUCUUUAUCGCAAGUAUCGUCCUAGCCCGCAUAUUUGACAGUCGAGAUUAGUGGCACGUCCGUGAGUGUCUCCUAUUGAUUUUUUUUUUUCGGCCAUGAAUCUGCCUCAGCCCCGGGACCCGCCCGUUAGUCCAUUGGCCGCCAAAGCCCACCAGUCCGCACCGCCUUCCAAGGCCGUAGUGGCGCCUAGAGGAGGGGUGUGGCACGUGGAGGUGUGUCUCAAGCCCACCUCGAGUCUGUCGGUGACCUCGGGUGUCCAAAUGAGCCGGGCUUUCUUGGCACAAAUGGCUGACACGCUGGAUUCCCUCCGCCCCCUGCCCGCCCCCGGACACAGCUGCCGCCUCCAGGCGGAUUUUCCUGAAGGUUCAGACAUUCAGCGCCAUGUGGCUUUCAUGGACAUCGUCCAGGACACGGUGGGACCCCAGGGCGUCAAUGGUCUUGACCCAGUGGGAGUUUGUCCCGUUUGGGCGACUCUAAAUUGGGCGACUGACCCGCGUAUUCGGGUCCACGUUUUCAAGUUGGAUGUUCAUGGAUCCCAGACCGAAGAUAUUGAUGAAGAAGGUACAGUGCACGCCGCAUUGAGCUGGAUUUUGCCGUCCAGUGACAUCGAUGGCCAGUGGGAGUCACUCGUGUUUGACUCAAAUAUCAAAUCGGCUCUCCUGGAUUAUGUUCAAAUGGCAAUGUUGCUGUCCGAGCGCGGCGUGGAUCCCAAUCGGGUGUCGUGGAAUCGGGUCGUAUUCCUCCACGGCCCCCCUGGCACGGGUAAAACAUCGUUGUGUCAAGCCUUGGCUCACAAAUUGGCCAUCCGUUUGAAUGACCAAUAUCAGUACGGGCAACUCUUUGAGGUCAACAGUCACAGCUUGUUUUCCAAAUGGUUCAGUGAGAGUGGCAAUCUCGUGCAGCGAAUGUUCGAGACUAUACGCUCGAUCGCCGACGACCCCACUGUCCUGGUUUGCGUCAUGAUCGACGAGGUUGAGAGCUUGGCUGCCACACGUAAAGCUGGGGGCAACGAACCCACCGAUGCCCUUCGGGUAGUCAAUGCUUUGUUGACCCAAAUUGACCAAAUUAAGCGCUUGCCCAAUGUGCUCAUAUUGACCACGUCCAACGUGUCGGGUGCCAUUGACUUGGCCUUUGUUGAUCGGGCCGAUUUUAAGAAAUACAUUGGCCCGCCCUCCACCCGGGCCUUGUAUCAAAUCCUACUGUCCAGUGUAGAGGAACUAAUGCGAGUGCGAAUCCUCCAGUCGCACCCGUUGUUGUCUCUGAACGCGUUAGAAAACACAAACUUGUCUUUGCCCAGUGAUAGCAACUGUCUGUCGUAUGCGUUGUUUAAAGCGGCCCAAAAGGCUAAUGGUCUGAGUGGUCGGAUCUUGAAAAAGCUGCCUCUCUUGGCUUUGAUCAAGAUGACGCCUACCUCGGAUGGCGCUUCGUUGAGCGAGUUCAUCGAGUGCCUGACUCAAGUUGUAGACGAAGAAAUCUCGGACCGAAACGCUCUUCGCUCGGGGAAUGGACCUCCUGGAACCUUGAACAACCCCGAUAAAACCACUUAUUAGCUCUCUGCCGCCGUCGAUAUUAAGAUACUCGUUUAGCUGCAAUCCCGGUGUUCAAAUUAUUGAUAGAGUUUGCAACACGUAACUAAAAUUAUCCGAAAAUAUUGAAAUGCAAAAUCAUCAGAAAUGUUU